ACACAGCUGCUUCCUCUCGCUCCGCAAACAUGAUCCUUCAUAUUCAUCAUAUGAGGCACACGUUAUGAACACGUAUGAAGUUAGCGAUAUGGGGAGGAAGAGCAGGAGGAAGAGGAAGAGGAGGAGCAGAGUCAAAGUUACGGGCGGCGAGGAGGCGGAGAGGAUUGGCGAGCGAGUGGGCCAGCCGCCGAGCAUGGGCGGCCUGCCCGCAGCCUCCGAGAGGAAGCGUCCCCAAUCAGGGCACCACCCGGCACGGGAGAGGAAGACCAACCUUUUGCGACCCGGUUUGCGCUACGACGCCAUAUCCGAGACGGGCCCCCUGUUUGCCGUGGCGGUGGACGUCAACGGCCUCCGCUUGGAGGGCAGGGGACCCAGCAAGAAACGGGCCAAAAUGAGGGCAGCUGAGCUGGCUCUCAGCUCUUUGGUCCAGUUCCCCCAUGAGGGGUCGGAGAGCAUCGGGAGCGCCGCAAAUGAUUUCACGGAGGAUCAAUUGGAUGGCUGGCAAAUGUUCGACACAGAUGGCACAGAGAGGAAGGAGGUCUUCCCCCAACCUGGCAGCCAAUCCAGCCCAAGAGAAGUGGUCAGUACCCGGCUCUUGGGUGGUCUCGGUCCGACGGGGCUGCUCGGUCAACUGCGACCGGGCCUGCGCUACUUCUGCCUGACUGAGCGACUUCCCGGCCGGCUGGAGAAACGUUUCAUUGCGGCGGUGCGGGUGGACGGGCGGAUAUUCGAAGGCUGUGGCCACAGUCAAAGAGCCGCCAAGGCCCGUGCGGCGGCCGCCGCUCUGCGCUCCCUCCGUGACGUUAGCCUCGAGAGCAAAGUGAAUGGUCUCUGUGGGGACCGGCAGCAACUUCCUCAGUUUUUUGCAGAAGCCAUCUUCCAGCUAGCAAGACAAAAAUACCAGCAACUAAUGGACCAAAGCCCUGCCACACCCAAUAUGGCCGCCAUUGUCAUGACGACAGGGUUAGAGUUGAGCACAGCUGAGGUUGUGUCCAUGGCAACUGGAACCAAGUGUUUGGACUGGGAUGGAGGUCGUUGCGAUGACAAUGCGCUGCACGACUGUCAUGCUGAGGUUGUGUGCAGGAGGGCACUGUUGCGUUUCUUGUACGCUCAGUUGGAGACGCUCCUGAUACGUUCUGUAGACCAGACUGACGUUGGACCGGCGUCCAUCUUUGAACCGGUGACUGGUCGCCAAAGGGUCUUCAGGCUGCGAGACCACAUUGGACUCCACAUGUUUGUCACCUCGUCACCAUGUGGAGAUGCCAGACUUAACUGUCCGUAUGAAAACGACACUUCACCGUCCAUGAAGUCCAACAUGUUGCGCUGCGGCCUGAGGACUAAGGUGGUGGGUGGCCAGGGAACGUUGCCCAUCACAGCUCGGUCGGCCAAUCCCAUGGGGCCAAGCCUGUCACCAAGUAAACCUCAAGUCAGCAUGUCCUGCACGGACAAAAUAGCCAAGUGGUGUACGGUGGGCUUGCAGGGAGCGCUGUUGUCUCACCUGGUUGAACCCGUGUACCUUCGGAGCCUGACGGUGGCCACGUUGAGCCACACGGGGCACCUGCACCGCGUUCUGGCUCGCCGCCUUGCCCCCAAUAAACGCCACGCUGCGCUCUACCGACGGAAACUCCCGCUGCUCGCGUGUCUGAGAAGAGUCGAGCGGCGUGCAUGCGGAAAUCAGUCGCGCAUCAGCGUAAACUGGAGUGGCGGCGACGGUGACACCGAGGAGCUCAGUACCACGUCGGGGUUGCGCAACCGCUGCGGGACGCCAUCCAGACUCAGCAGCUGUCGUUUUUUCGUCCGCUGGCAACAUCUGCACAGACGACUCAACAAGUGGACGUCAGAGGACAGGUUGAGGACGUACGCCGCCUGGAAGGAGGCGGCCAGUCCGUACCAGAAGGCCGUGCGGCAGUUCGGCGUCGCCGUGCGGGACGCCGGACUCGGAACGUGGAGCAGGAAACUUAUGCCGAGGGCUCCGGGCGCCGAGGAGGGUCGAUAGUUUAUGCCGCUCUGAAAACAAGCGCAAUCUGACUUGCAGUUGGAGGUUCUGGCUUGGAAUUUGGGGAAUGCGGCUCCCUUCCUGCGUCACCCCCCAAUCUAAAAAAAAAACUGUUCACACUUUGUCAUAAAAAUGGUAUAUAUUUUUUCCCUCAAAGGCUUCUGAGUUGCAUUUGAAUGAAUAGCAAUAAUCUGAGUUGAACCUUAAAUUUAUUUUAUGCUAGUUCAGUAAAAUGUUUCAUAAUAUUGUCAUGGCUCUUUAUAAGGUAAAAAAGAUUAUAAGGUAAAAAAGAUGAUUUGUACAAGUGUGAGUGUCCAGCAGGGGGAGAAAGAUGAGAGAGGCUGCGUCGGUCAGCGACAGUCAUUUUAUUUUGAUGGAUGUGUACCAAAGUGACUUUGUUACAAGGCCAACGUUCAAAAUUACGAGUCAGCAUUUGACUGCUUCGAAUGUGUUUGGCUCACUUUCAAAUACGACCAGGUUGAAAAAGAGCUUUGUUUUCUUUCUUUCUUACCUACAUUCCAUAAAAGACGGCUAAACGACAAAAGUCUGCAACGUGACAAUGUGGACAUCAAAUCUGAUUGGAUGAACUGAUAGCUUGCACAUUAAACAUACUCUCUUUGUAUGUGUGUGCGCGCGCUAAUAAACACAAAAUAUUUUUUAUAGAUUACCCUUUAUAUGAUACAAAGAGUGUGGAGGACUAAAAAGUGCUAACACAGCAAAGCUAAAUCGUUCAUUGUGUGAAAGUGAAGGCCUUCACACGUUAUUCCUAUACUUGAAUAUUUCUCUACGCUUAACUACUUCCACAUACUUUAACCGAUUGACUUCGUUCCACUUUUAACUUGUUUCAAAUACUCAUGACAACAUUGCUUCAAUUUUUUUCCCCCACCAUUCCAAACAUUU